UUGGGAACACCAUGGUAAACAAAGAGGAUUUGGAGGAAAACCUAAAAAAGCUGUUAGUGCGCCUGAACAACUUACAGGAGGGAAAGCAGAUGGGCACCAUGGUUCAGAUCAUACAGGAUAUUCUUUUCCUCGCGUACUCAGACUGCGCGGCAGAGUUGUUUCAAGGCAAAGACGUCCACGUUCCGCUGAUGCUGGUGUUGACAUUUUACACCAACAGUAAAGUUCAUCAGGUGGGAUGGUCCUUAAUGUGUCGUCUGAUGGAGCUCUGUCCUACCAUGCUGGACAAGUUUGUCAAACCACUGAACGCUGGGAAAGACUGGGAAGUUUUAGGGGUGCACCAGCAGAUUCUGAAGGUUUUGUCCCUGCAUCAGAAGGACUCUAAAGUGAUGAUUGUAGCACUGCAAGCUUUAUCCUUGCUGCUGAAGUCAGAUGAGCUGGUGGUGAUGUUACUGGAGGAGGAGAUGGAUGUGUUUGAGCUGGUGGUGGAGGCCAUGUGCACUUUCCCCCACAGUGAGGAGGUGCAGCUCCAGAGCUGCUCUGCUCUCCGCCCCCUGCUGGAGAGAGUUCCAGAAGAGCACCUGAUGGAAUUUAUUGAGAGGAAGGACCAUGCUGCUGUUCUGAGUGCACUCAGUAGAUUCAAGGAGAGUGAGAGUGUAGUGUUGUCUGCACUGCAGGUCCUCAUACCAUUGGCUGGGCCUGCAAGCAAUGUUGAGAUUCUGAUGUCCAAGACUGAGAGAUGCUACAGCUUGCUGUGCCAGGCUGCAGUAGCAUGCUCCCACUCAGAGGCUGUACAGGAAGUGGCAUGCCGCCUACUGCAGAAGUUCACCUCAGAGAGUUAUUUUAAUAUCCUGGUGCUAAAUGACGUCCACAGAGUGGCUGUGAAGGCAUGUCUGUCUUAUCCAGACAAUGCGCCUCUCCAAGCUGCUUCCCUCUCCUGUCUCGCUCUGCUUACAAAGACAAUCGUGGAGAACAAAUACCUUGAAAGAGGAUGUAAUGAGGAAAAGGAGGGCAGGGUGAAGAUAGCGGGGGAUGGUGGAGGCACAGAGGCAGGCUUGGUGUGGAGAGAAGCUUGCUGUACAGCCCUAGACAGACACGCUGAAGAUGCUGAAGUGCAGGAGGCUGCGUGCUGGGCCCUAAACAGCUUGAUGCUCUAUGGCAGUGCACACGACCAUAUAUAUGUGGAGCCAAAGGGAAGGCCUCCUAUACAUACUCAGAUAAUGGCUAUCAUGCUUUUGCACUCUUUGAACGUUGGUGUGUUUCAGGCUGCUACAGCUACACUGGGCACACUCGUACGGAGACACAGUAAAAUGAGGUCUCUGCUGCUAUCCCAUGGCAUCCACUACAACAUUCUGGAACUGAUGAAGAGACACAGCAGCUCCAGUGAAGUGUGUGUGAGCGCCUGCAGGUUUCUGCACGUGCUCUUCCAGGGAGGCAGGAGGUUGGGUCUGGACGAUGGCAUCAUGGCUCUGGGACGCAUCCUCGUCGCUAUGAGGGACCACAAUUUCGAGCCUGAGGUUCAGCUGGUUGGUCUCAGAGCCAGCCUGGUGCUCCUCAACCCAGACCGCAGGCUGAGGGAGCAUGGUGUGUCCGUGGCAGAUCCAGACACUACAGAUGUGGGUCUCCGAGUGCUGAAGAACCAGUGUCUGGUAGAGAAAGCUCAUACUGUCUACCUGGAGGCAUUGAACAGAUUCAUUAGCAGUGUGGACAUUCAGGAAUGUGGCCUUGCUGUCCUCUCGGUACUGUCUGACUGUUCUGGAGCAGUUGACCUAAUGUGCCAACAGGGGGCGAUAGACACAGUUCUACACACAUUACAGAUGUUUCCACAGAAACGUGAGAUUCACUUCUGGGGUCUGAGCCUCCUGUUUCAUCUCAUCUCUAAGAAGAAGCUCUCACACAUGAUGGUGCCCGUGUUGGCCUCUGUUCUGGUGUCUUGUGUGAGGUGGCAUAAGGAAGAUGGAGCAGUGCUUCUGAAGGGGUUUCAGGUGAUAUGGAAACUGCUGGACACCAGCUCGGGUGCAGCUGUGGAGCUGGAGAAAGAGGGCUUUGAGAAGGACAUCUUUCAACAGCUGAGGGAGACCUCUCGUGAUCAGAGAUAUAGUCCACUGCAGAAGCUGAGCUGCUUGUGCCUGUCCAAAAUGGUGGUGGACAGUGAGAUCUGCUAUAGACUGCUGGAGAGGGUGUGCGAGGAGGAGGACGUGGUCAUGGCUGAGUGUCUCAUCCAGCUGGGUGCUGAUGUCAAUAAGAAAACCAAAACUGACUCUCUGAUAUACCAGGUGUGUGAGCGCGGCGGGCCAUUAGCUCUGGUUGAAAUACUCGUCAGUUGUGGUGUACGCGAGCAACAGCUGCGUUUGGCUCUGGGCGUGUGUGUGAGGAGAGGAGACGGACCUGUGGUCACCCUGCUCCUGGGUCGGCUGGGUCUGGACCCUGCCAACAGCGCCCUCUGCCUGGGUGGCUUCCGACUUGGCCAUGUGAAGGCCAGUUGGCUCAGUGCCCUCCUUUCAGAUCGCAGACUGCCCCCUACUGUCCAAACGAAGAAUAAUAAAGGUCGAUGUCUGGCAAGGCAAAUACUAGCCCUGCAGAAAAAGAGGGGUCUUGGGCUUUCUAGACUUGAGGGUGAUGUAAACUCCUCAGAGUAUUUCUCUGAUGAGGAAAGUGAUGACCCCUCCCACAUCUCUCUAGACGACAGCCUGGUAUUUGCCUUUGAGGACUUGGUGAGUGAUGAAAGUGAUGGCCCUGCUCAGGGGCAGCAGCAUUACUGUGAUUCGCCAGACGAAUUGAGGGGGCGGGCCAAAACAAGGCAGCAGGGACAAAGAAGGCGAGCCAUUUCAGAAGGAAGCCAUUGUGAGCCUCAUCAUAAUCAGUCCUUGAAAAACAGACUUAGCAGGAAUGGUCAGAUUCACAGAGUCCUUUCAGAUCGUUCCUCCACUGGUGGCCUGCUGUCAGGGAUGGACAGGGAUUACAUUAGACUGCUAGACCUCUCAGGCAAUGAGCUGGAUUCUCUGUCCUGCUUCAUGGAGGAUACUACUGUCCAGCAGCAGCUUAAGCACCUCCUACGCCUCGAUCUCAGCAGCAACAGCCUAUCAGACUUCCCCCGAUCUCUCUGUGAGAGCCUGCGAAGCCUCACUCGAUUAGAUCUCCAGGGCAACAAACUGCAGUCACUUCCGGCUGAACUCCUGAGCUUACCCUCACUGAGCAUGCUCAGUGUGUCACGAAACUGUAUUGGCCCUUUGCUCUUUCUGGACCCACAUGUGCACUGUCCAGCUCUCCGCCAGCUUAACCUGUCAUUUAACGACAUCACCGCCUUCCCUUCCCAGCUGCAUAAUGCCAUGGAGAACCUUGAAGAGCUCUCACUGGAGGGGAAUCAAAUCUCAGAACUCUCACUUCCUCUCAGUCUUGCUGAGCUGAAAGUGUUGGAUGUUUCUAAGAAUGAAAUCGCUAUUAUCACUGAUGACUUCUUGGCGGGUUGUUCUAAGAUGGAAACGUUCAAUGCAUCUAUCAACAAACUUAGUUACUUGUUAUAUCUACCAUCUAAAAUAUCAACACUUAAAUUAUCCGAGAACAUUUUCAGAAGCAUUCCCAAAGCAGUUGUUAAACUACCAAACUUACGGUCAGUGGAUAUGAGGAGGAACAGCAUCCGUGUUCUGCCUGGUCCACCUGUAUGGGCCAGUGCUAAUCUGAGAGAACUAAUUUUCAGCCACAAUCAGAUCUCUGUACUGAACCUUGGAGACUCCGUCUCUACAUGGGCCCGUCUGGUGAAGCUGCAUCUGAGCCAUAAUAAACUCACUGAGCUUCCUCCACAGAUCGGGCUGCUAGAGGAGUUAACAUCCCUGGAUGUGAGUGCAAAUGUGGGCCUGCGCUCUUUCCCUGAUGAACUGGGCAGACUGGGGCGGCUGUGGGAUCUGCCCCUAGAUGGUCUAGAGCUGCAGCUUGACCUCAAACACAUCGGCACCAAGACCAAAGACAUCGUCAGGUAUUUCCAGCAGCGUCUGAAGAAGGCUGUCCCGUAUUUCCGGGUGAAGCUGAUAGUGGUGGGUAGCCCGGGUAGUGGUAAGACCACGCUGAUCCAGCAGUUGAUGAAGCUCCGACAUUCCCAUCAGAACUCCAAUAUGGCCUCCACCGGAAUACGAGUCACAGACUGGACUAUCCGAGACCGCGACAGGAGGAGCAUGGUUCUGAACAUCUGGGACUUCCCAGGUGGGGAGGAACACUGUAACUCACAUGCUCACUUCAUGAACUCCAGAGCACUCUACUUAGUACUGUAUGACCUGAGUAAGGGAAUCGGCGAGCUGGAUGCACUCAAACCCUGGCUGUUCAACAUCAAAGCACUUGCCCCUGUGUCUCCUGUGAUUGUGGUCGGCACGCACCUGGACGUGUGUGAGAAUACCCUGGUGCAGGAGUGUGUGCGUGCUCUCCGUGAGCAGGUCCUGUCCUGCCCAAGUUUCCCAGCCAUCAGGGAGAACCACAUGCUGUGUGCAUGUGAGGAGUCAGAUUCCAUCAGCAGACUACGCAAGGCCAUUGCUAGGGAGGCCAGAGGCUUUAAGAUUCAGGGGCAGCCUGUGAUGGGGCAGCUAGUUCCAGAUUGCUACGUGGAGUUGGAGCGGCGGCUCCUGCAGGAGAGGAGCCGUGUGCCAGCUGAGUUUCCCGUGCUCAGACACAAGCGCCUCCUGCAGCUCAUCCUGGAAAGCCAGCUGCAGCUGGAUGACGGAGAAAUACCUCAUGCCAUCCACUUCCUCAGCGAGACCGGUGUCCUCUUCCAUUUUGAUGACCCAGCACUCCAACUCAAAGACUUGUACUUCGUCAACCCACAGUGGCUAUGCACCAUCAUCUCACAGACUCUGAGGAGCUCAAGUCUGUGCGAGAGCACUGGAGGGGUGGUGCAACGUUCAGGGCUGGAGAGGUUUCUUAGUGAGAACCACUGUUUCCCUAAGGACCUCCACAUGCAGUAUUUCAAACUACUGGAGAAGUUCCAGAUUGCCCUGCCAUUUGGGGAAGAGGAGUUUCUGGUGCCCAGCAGUUUGUCUGAUAAAAGACCAGACUUUGAGCUUCCUCACUGUGAGAACUCUGAGGUCAUUGUGAGGGUCUAUGAGAUGCCCUAUUUCCCCAUGGGCUACUGGUCCAGGCAGAUUAAUCGGCUCCUGGAGUUCUCCUCCUUCAUGCUGUAUGGCAGAGAGAAAGUAAUGAGGCCCGACCGAAUCUACUGGAGGACAGGGGUGUACUUGAACUGGUCUGCUGAUGCGUACUGCCUAGUAGAAGCAUCCUCAGUGAAGAACAACCCUGCCAGCUUUGUUAAGAUCACUGUUCCAUGCUCCCGCAAAGGUCAUGUCCUGUUAGGCCAGCUGGUUGAUCAUAUUGAUUCUGUGCUGGAGGAGUGGUUCCCUAGCCUCCUCAACACCGAUAUCCAUGGCGAUGGUGAGACGCUGCUGAAGAAGUGGGCCCUGUACAGCUUUGAUGACUCACAGGAAUGGAGCAAGAUGCAACUGGAGGAGCUGCUGAAACAUGUGGAUAAAGAUGGUUUACUGGUGAAACCAGAAGACCCUCAUUGUACAAUACCCAUCUCCCAGAUCUGCCCAGACCUGGACCUGAGUGAUCAGCCAGCCAGUACCAUGCUGGACCCUGAGGAGCUCGAGUUGGAUCUCUCCAAAGAGUAUCUGCUUGGGGACGGAGGCUUUGGCUCAGUGUACCGAGCAGCAUAUAAAAAUGAAGAUGUUGCUGUAAAGAUUUUCAACAAACAUGCAUCAGAGCUCUAUGUUCAUAGACUAGUGAGACAGGAGCUGGUGGUGCUGAGCAGACUGCGUCACCCUAGUUUGGUGGGUCUGAUGGCUGCAGGGAGCUGUCCUCACCUGCUGGUCAUGGAGCUUGCACCAUGUGGUUCUCUUGAUUCACUGUUUCAGCAUGAGAAUGGCAGUCUGAACCGCAAGCUGCAGCACAGGAUAGCCCUGCAGGUGGCCGACGGGCUCAGAUAUUUGCAUUCUUGUAUGAUAAUCUACCGGGACCUGAAGCCUCACAACGUGCUCCUGUUUAAUCUGAAGGCUGACUCUGAAAUCAUAGCAAAGAUCACUGACUAUGGCAUCGCUCAGUACUGCUGCAGUAUGGGAGUCAAGAGCUCUGAAGGCACCCCAGGUUUCCGAGCGCCCGAGGUUGCUCGUGGUAACGUGAUCUAUAACGUUCAAGCGGAUGUUUAUUCGUUUGGCCUGCUGCUGUAUGAUAUUAUGACCUGUGGAGAGAGAAUCUCAGACGGCGUGAAGUUCCCCAGCGAGUUUGAUGAGAUUGCUGUGCAAAGGAAGCUACCAGACCCAGUGGAGCACUAUGGCUGUGCCCCAUGGCCAAGGUUUCAAAGCCUGAUGAGGGACUGUCUGAGGGAGAACCCACAGGACAGGCCUACAUCUUCACAAGUGUUUGAUCGUCUGAACUCGGGGGAGAUGCUGUGCCUGAACAGAGAGCUGACUUUUUGUGGGCUGCCCUGUGAGUGCUUUGUUGUCUCCAAUGCUGCUGAUGGUCUCAGGGGAAGUGAGAAUGGGGUAGCAGGGACUCUGGUCUGGAUGGGAGGCCGCAGUAGCAGCAAGAGGCUCGGCUGUGUCACAUGUGUGGAUCUCCAGACAGAGAAAAGCUCCACAAGGGAGAUCGACAGAAGCCCCGUUCUUUGCCUUGUGACUAUAAGAGUGCCUGAGGAGGAUCAUGAUUGGUUAAUUGCAGGAACACAGCAGGGGUCACUAGUUGUUAUGGAUACAAGGAAUGCUACAGUUUUGCACUGUCUAAAGAGUGUAAAAGAUGCAGUGACUUCACUGUUCUUCCACACACCAUCUCAACGCAGCUGUUUAAAGAAGUACUUAUUAGUGGGAACAGCAGAUGGAAAGCUUGUCAUUUAUGAAGAUUCGGUCAUAAAGUGUGCGGAUGGUGGUCCAGUGAAGGUGUGGCAGGUUGGGAGCAUGACCACGCCUCUGAUGUGUCUGGCUCUGUCGGGACACUCACAGGACCGCAACACCAUCUGGGCUGGCUGUGGCACCCGCGUGUUCUCUCUCGCUGUGGACUACAGCGUCUCCAGGAUUAUAGACACCCGGCCCACACACCUCCAUCAAAGUCCGCAAAAGCCAUCCAGCAGCGUGGCGUCCAUCUCCCGCCUGGUGGUGGAGAAGCACGUGUACCUGAGUAAAACUGGAGGACACAGUGUUGAAGUGUGGGACAAGAAGACUGGCAAGAUGAUUGCCCUCAUUGACUGUGUGCAGUUACUUAGCUGUAGCCUAAACGCCAAAGUGUCAAGUUCUAGCAUGCCCAGAGAGAUGGGGUCAUCCUGGUUCUGUGUGAAGGCCCUGCUGGUGCAGCAGAACAGCACACUGUGGAUUGGCACCAGAGCAGGACACAUUCUGCUGGUGGACCUGGCCACACAUCAGCUCCUGCAGACCAUCAGCCCUGGCUGCCAUUCGGUGCGCAGUAUGGCCCCUGCACUCAUAGAUACACAAAGCCGAAGAAGUGUGAUUCUGGUGUUGGGCAGGCACCUUCGCAUGUCUCAAAACCAAAUCAAGACUGCAUUAGAUGACGUCUCUGUGCUGAUUAUAUGGAAUAGUGCCUUGCCUCAAGAGGUGAAGCAUCUGAAAGGACACUGUGAGCAGAGACAACAUAUUACAGCCAAAAUCAGAGAACAGGCCUACAACUGAACUUUCUCUCCAUCCUCACCUUACUUCUGCCAUAUUCUAGAGCAGUAGGAAAUCUCAUCACUAAACACUCCAAUGCUGAUUGUGAAACAUGGUAUUGAAUUUUAAUAGUAAAAAGAGGCCUGUGUGUGAGUUGUUUUGGGUUUUUUUUGUGUUGUUGUUGCCAGUCAUAUUUCACAAGUAAAGGAAACAAUAUUUUAAAACUUUUAUUUAGAUAUUGUUUUAUUUGGAAUAUAUAUUUUGGCUUAACUCCUGGAUAAGUUAUUUACCACCCAACACCCCCGACCCCCCAAGCACCCACCCACACACACACACACAGUUCAGGGGUUUAGUUUUUCACAAUUGGAGCUAGACUGUGUUGGAGCUGAAGUAUCCGUGUUUUCACCUAAAAGAUAAUGAUCUCCAGUGAGUUCUGGAGGGUUCCAUGUUUGACAAUCUGUCCUGACCAUUGCCAUCCUGUCCAAUACCAAAGCACCUAAACUUAAGCUACUCCAAUGCUAUCUCAUGUCAUUCUCCACCUUAACACAGAAGCCCUGAGAAAGAGCAAUGGAUGAAAGCUCAGCAUCCUGAAGCAGUGGUAAAUGUACAUGGGGAAGUAAUUCCCUGCUGUUGCCAUGGUAUAUGCUGUAUCAAUAUAUAAGAAAACAUUUAUUUUUAAUUACAUGUCUAUCUGAAUAUUUUACAUUAUGUGCACACAACAUUAUUCCAUUAUUAUUAAUUACACCUGUGAUCCGAUGCUGCAUUUUCAAAAAGGGAUGACAAUCAUUGUAAUUGUAAUGCAUUGCAAUACUUUCCAUCUUUUUUGGACCUACUUGUUAAAGAACUGGAAAAUCAGCCAAAGAAAGAGAAUGCUCUCAUUAGUUUAUUUAUUGUCAGUAAAAAUAUAUUUGUAUGUGCAUGUUGCUUUUGUUCAAUGGAGUAAAUGUUCUGUGAAUGAAUAAAAUUUUAUUUUACUUGUCA